UUAUUUUAUUUUGAGUACAGUUAACUGCGGUGCGGUUUACGUUUCCAAUUUGCUUAAUCACAAUUUUCUUCGGAUCUCAUCAGGCUGCGCUCGCCGCCGUUGAAGGCUGCCGCCAUUAAAGGUUCGCUGCCUAUGUAUGCGAACGACGCCAGAGUUCGAAGAAGAGUGUAGGGCGAGUCGCCCCUUUCUCUGCGAACACCGAAGCAGCUCCCUUCUCUGCGACGGAGUGGUGGUUGGGAGGCACGAUUGGGAGGCCAGUGAGUGGCAAAACCUGGACUUUGCGAGGCGAGGGGUUGAUGGUGCAAAGAAAGGCCGUGCUGUCCUGGUUUUCAUAGAUGGAGCAGUUCUUUCAGUCAGUCAAGUGUUUGAGACAAUUACAGAACUUGGCAAUGAAGGGGGCAAUGAAGGGGUUCAGGGAUCUGAUCCUCUAGUUCUUACAUCUGCCUCGCUCUUAAGUUUCAUUUCUCUCAUGCCAGAAGGUGCUCCGACACUAUAUUAGUUGAUCCAGAAUGGUAAUAAGAGCAACAGUGCAGCAUAGGUUUCUUCUUCACUUCCGGCCUUUUCUGAGCCAAUGUCCUUCAGCUCAUUCAGUGUCUUCAUUGCAAAAUCUUGGGCAGGUUGUGAGAGAGGAAGUAGAAGCGAAAAACUACGUUAAAAUUCCUGACCUUUUCAUUUCCUUGGAGUCGUGCCAAAAUUCAAAUCCUUUUUCUUUCUUUUCUUCAUUUCCUCAGAACGUACAAGUACAAAUUGUUGAUGAAAUUUUGCAAUCUUUUAUACCUAUCAGACCACGUUCCAAGCCUCAGCUAGCUUAUUCCUAUCUUCUUUCUUACACUCUUCAAAGCUCCCAUCCUUUCCCCCUUGCACUUGCUAUCCUACAACGGACUCUACGAUCUGGUUGCCUUCCUGUUCUUCAAACUCGUGUUCUCCUCUCAUCAGCUUGGUUGGAGCGGCGAUGUCUGUCCCAAUCUGUUGAUGAUAUCUUACUUCAGAUGCAAACAAUUGGGUAUACUCCUGACUGUGGAACUUGUAAUUAUCUACUAUCAUCUCUCUGUGCUGUUGACCAACUACCGGAAGCUGUUAAAGUCCUUAAUGGCAUGGGUGGGGCUGGAUGCAUUCCAGAUUCAAAUAGUUAUGGCACGGUAAUUGGUGCAAUGAGCAGAGUGAGAAAGACUGCAGAGGCACAGGAUUUGUUGAAACAAAUGGUGGUGCAAUAUGGUUUAACCCCAGGACAGGGAAUACUUGUGAAAUUAUUGGCAGCAUUACGUGCAAACAGGGAGAUAUGGAAUGCUGUUGAGAUUAUUGAGUUCCUGGAGAAAGAGGGUAACUCCGUUGGAUUUGAGAGUUAUGAGUUAGUGAUUGAAGGGUGCUUGGAGAAAUGUGAGUAUGUUUUGGCUGCAAAGGUUGCAACAGGGAUGACAGAAAGAGGUUUCAUACCAUAUAUAGCGGUCAGACAGAAGAUUAUUGAAGGUUUGGUCAGUAUCAAUGAGUGGAAGAUAGCUUGUGCUUUGAGACAUAGAUUUGCAGCACUUAAAUCUUAGCUUUUAAAUUUAGAGACGCAAGUACAAUGCUUAAUGCCGAUAGGGUGACUUGCAAAGACUUGUGACUUUCGUAUUAUGGUGUCAGUGUUCUUUUCUCAAUGACAUUGCUGGAAGAUCAUCUCACGGUUUGUGGCAGAGCAAUGCAGCACGAGGAUCUUGAAUUUGUAAAACAUUUGGGUGUAUAAUCUAUGAAGUCAAAGCAUGGAAAGGGGUGAGCAUAUUCUAUAGAACUUGGUUUUUUGUUUGAAUUGUGGAAUUAAUAUUCCUACUUAGCCAAAUUAUAACUCGGUUAUUCUGUACCCCACUAGAAUAUUGAAAUCAGUCACAGGGUAACUAAUGCUUCGUUUGGUAGAAAGGGAGAAAAAAAAGGAAAGAAAGAGAAAGUGGUAAGAAAUAAGUGAAAAGAAAUUGUUUGGUUGGAAAGAAA